AUGUUAUCUGCACGCGCUGCAAAUGACACCCCGCAGUGGGAAAAGACGGUUAAUCGCAAGAGAGCAGAGCGCGAAGCGCUUCUGCCCUCGGAAUGGAAAGUGACGCCGCCGUCCAACGGCACCAGCUUCAGCCCCCGCGAAGUCGUCAUCAACAGUGGUAUUCUGUCCGCCGAGGAAUUGGACAUUACGGAUACUUCAAAGUACGAUCUCACAGAGACCGCGAAAAGGAUUGCUUCGGGAAAUCUAUCAGCAGAAAAGGUCGUCACUGCUUUCUGCAAGCGCGCGACUGCAACACACUCCCUGGCCAAUCACCUUACCGAAAUCAACUUCAAGGCCGCCAUCGACCGCGCCAAGGAGCUUGACAGCAUCUUUCAGAGGAACGGCUCCGUUGUUGGCCCUCUCCAUGGCAUCCCCAUGACAAUCAAAGAUGCCAUGGACUUGAAGGGCUUUGCCGCUUCCGAAGGGCUCACCCCAAACGCCGACGCUAUUGCGCCUGACAACGGCGUCCUUAUCCAAAUUCUCAUCGAUGCCGGUGCCAUCAUCAUCGCCAAGACCAACAUGCCCCAGACGGGACUUGCGGCAGACUCCAACAGCAUUCUUUGGGGUCGCACCUUGAACGCCCACAACAACCAGUUUGGCGCUGGAGGAUCUACAGGCGGCGAGGGCGUGUCAAUGGCGACAAGCUCGUCUCUCUUCGGUGUCGGCUCUGAUGGCGCAGGGUCCUGCCGCAUGCCUGGCCAUGCCAAUGGAGCGAUUGGCUUUCGCCCAAGCGGAGCCAGACUACCUCCAGGCGGCCGCAAUCUGCCUUGGUCUCCAGGUCGCAUUGGAAUUGGCCCUGCAGCCGGCGAGGGAUUCUUUGCGCAUUCGGUCCGCGAUCUUCGUCUAGUCGCCAAAAUUGUUUCGGAUGCCCAGCCCUGGGAGAGAUCAAGCAUUCAGAUUUAUCCGAGCCCUUGGCUCAAUGAGACAGCGCCUAAGAAGCCCCGAAUCGGCGUUUGGGACGUGGAAAGCUCAAACACCUUUAUUCAUUUAUUCCCCCCGGUGCUGCGUGGCUACAGGGCAGCCGUUGAUCGGCUCAGAGAAGCCGGUAUUGAGCUGGUUCCAUUCAGUCCUCCUGACCUCAGCACAGUGUGGGAUCUCUGCAAGGAAUUUCUUCUUUUCCAAGGCAUUGAAGGAAUCACUGAGCUCAUCUCGCAGGAACCCAUCACUGAAAUUGUCCGUCGCACUGGGGUCUUCAUUCCAGACACCCCGCGGUUCCCCAUCAGCGUGCAGACGCUGUACGAUCUCAACAUCAGGCUCAUGAAUCUUACAACAAUUGUAGACGACGAGUGGAACAGCAGCGGCGAGCCUUUGGACGCUCUGCUCUCUGUUACCGCGGCCAACACCGCGCUGCCAUUCGAUCAAUGGUUCGAUACCUCAUACACUUCCAUUUACAACAGUGUCGAUUUCCCCGCUAUCAACCUGCCUCUCAACAUGACGGUCGAUCGGAACCUUGACGCCAAGUAUGAGAAUUUUCAGCCCUUUUCGCCCGAAGAUGAGCGACUGGAGGCACUCUACGACCCAGAGAGUUUUCAUGGCUUGCCUCUCUCCGUGCAGUUGGCGGCUCGCAAGUUUGAGGACGAGAAGCUGUUGGCAAUUGCGGAGCUGAUCCAUCCCAUCAUACAGGCAAAGUAG